CCUCUGACGUCACAAGAGUCUUUCUACCGGGUGGGAACUAGCCGAAAUUUUUGUCUUUCUUUUGUGAACCAACGUUGUUGUUUGGUAUGAUUCCCGGAAGUAGCUUAUGAUUGGUGGUUCAAUGACACAUUGAGAUACUUUGUAUUGUCGCACGCAGUACCAUCAUGGAUAAUAAGGAUGUUGAUGCAGAAAUUCACCCUCUGAAAAAUGAUGAAAAAGUGUUGAAAAACAAUGAAACUGACACAGAUAUAAGAGAGGGCAUCAAGAAACAUAGUUGGCUAUCAAGCUGCCGGACUGGUGCCUUUUUUGCAUCAUUAUUUCUGUGCCUUACAGUAGUGUUUGCCUUUUCCUUUAUUAUCCCGUGUCCAUUGAGGCCUUUUUCCCAAAGAACAUGGAGUACACAAUACACCAGAGCAAUGACUUACACAUUUUUAGCUGCCGAAGAUGUGAACCAGGAUAAAGUGAAAGAUGUUAUUUUCCUUUUUCAAGUGGAAGACAAUAGUAAGCUCAAUGUUUCCUGUGAAGAUGGAGGAUUUCAGUUCCCUUGCACCUUCAUAACUGCUUUAUCAGGGACUAAUGGGAGCGCUUUGUGGACCAGACCUGUUGCAGAACAUGUGCAGUUAGUGGAGUGUGGUAUAAGUAAUCUUGGUGGCACGCAGGUCUCUGGUUGCAUCAUCAUUGGAAAUCCAGAUUCUCUUUUGGCAAUAAACACUGAAACAGGGAAUAUCGUGUGGCAGAAAACUUCUCAAUUUCCACCGAACGGUGUUGCCAGAAACCCUGUCAUUACAAUUGAAGAUGUGAACGGUGAUGGUGUAAAAGAUCUUAUGUUUAUAUUUUCAGUGGAAGAUGAGCUACAAACUGUUAUCAUCUCAGGAAAGAAUGGUGACCGUAUUGGGCAGAACAGAAGUAUUGGUAUUGCUAAGAAAGAAGGUCACUAUAUUCAUUUAACAGCAUCUGGGUCUCAAUAUGUCCUUCUGUAUGCAGGAGGUUCUGUUGAAGGGUAUUCCGUCAGAGAUUUGUGUUCUAAGAUUAAAGGCGAUGAAAACAAACCUGCACAAUACAGGAUAGAUCCUGACUGGGAGGCACAGAGUAACCUUUCUGUAGGUUACAUAUCAAUUCUUCCAAUUUCCAGUUCUGGUGAUGUCCGCUUUUUGAUGAAAGUUCCUGGAAAAUAUUAUGACAAUAUACUGGUUGUGAAAUCAGAGGUUUCUGAGUUGCUAGACGGACAAAAGUUUAACUCAUUGUGGUCGGUAAAUACAACAAACAUCGUAAGCAAACCAGCAUUGGGUUACUUCAAGAAAGAUGUAUUAUCCAUAAUGAUGGAGCUUGGGAUCAGAAAUGGAAGAAAAAAGGUAAUAAUUGUUGACAGCAACAGCGGAACCGUGCAGUGGGAAGUGAAAAUGAAUUUGGGAAUUACCAAUCCAAGUCCUGUCACGCUUAAUACAGGGGAUCACCGCUCUAUCUUCCUGUUUUGGGGGGAACAUACUCUUGAAUUCAAUAAUUCAAUGGAGAGGAAAGAAAUACUGUACAUGUUUCAUCCUUCAUACCCAACAGUUCUUCUUCAGCUGAACAAUCAUACGGAAAACAUAGUUCUGUUUGAUGCCUUUUUGUUCGAGAAAAGUCGGCAUGCUUGCUACGUCUUACUGACUGGACCUAAAACAACGGAGAACUUUGGCACAGUGUCUGUUUCUAAAAGGAAAUUAAAAGAAGAUAUUACAAAUAGCAAAGUUAUCUGGCUUAGCAAGGAGGAGUCCAACGAUAAUGAAAUAAGAGACCACUUUUUUAGAAUGAGAUAUACCAGUCACGCAAAGGCAUGAUUGGUUUACACAGAUAACAAAGAAA